AUGGACGGCUGGGCGCUGGUGGUGGUGAACGCGCUGCUGGCGGCAGUGUGCGCGGGCGGGCUCGGCCGCGACGUGCUGCACAACGAGGUGCUCCACAAGGACGGGGGGCUCCGCGGCGGCGGGGAGCCGGCCGCGGUCACGGUGCCGCUGCUCCGCGGCAGUCCCGACAAGGAGGGCGGCGGAGUGGCCUCCGGCGACGACUUCAGCGAGCCGCCCAGAGUUGCUUUCUUGGCCAAGCCUCAAGGCCUGGUUACUCCCAAGAAAAAGGGGAAUGGGAAUAAAAGAAGAAAAGGAAAAGGCCUGGGGAAGAAGAGAGACCCGUGUCUGCGAAAGUACAAGGAUUUCUGCAUUCACGGGGAAUGCAAAUACAUCAAAGAGCUGGGCGCUCCAUCCUGCAUAUGCCAGCCGGGAUAUCACGGUGAGAGAUGUCAUGGACUCUCGCUGCCCGUGGAGCACCCCCCCAGCACAUACGACCACACCACAGCACUGGCCGUGGUCGCUGUGGUCCUGUCCUCACUGUGUCUUGUCAUCAUUGCAGCUCUGCUGAUGCUGAGGUGCCACAAAAGGGGUGUCUACGAUGUAGAAAACGAAGAGAAAAUCAAGCUGGGCAUCACUGUGAACCACUGAGGAUGCCACGUGCCAGCAAGG